GAAGAAUGUCGCAAGGCAAAUGGUCUUUCCGUUGAGACACCUCGUCUUGAUUUUCUGAAUUUUGGCGAAGGCAGCAGCGCAUCGUGUUCGGUGGAAUCGGUGCUGUCGAACAUUUCGCUGAUCGACCGGGAAGAUGCCGCCGAUAUUUCGGAUGGUUCGAAAGGCUGGAUUGUGGACAGUGCAUCGAAUAAAUGCAUGGGAUGUAGUGAGUCGUUUCGUUACCCCACACAGCGGAAACAUCACUGCAGGAACUGUGGCCGUAUUUUCUGUGGUCCUUGCACCACACAUACCUUUUUUCGUGUGAACGAAAAUCGAGGCGAGAACGUGCGUGUGUGCAACGAAUGCUACGCACUGAUGACGGCGAGCCGAACACGUGCAUCGGAUGCUGGCGAGCUAACACCCCCAGCACAGCGAUCACAGAAUCGUGAUAGCAGCACUGGCAAAUCGCCAACGUUUCUGGUUGGUAAUGCAGACGGACAGACUGUAUGUGGAUGA